UACAAUUUUUUCCCCUUUCCCCCUCCUACUUAUGACUAAACCCUAAAAUACUAAACCCUAGAAACUCAAUUCAGUUUUAAGCUCACGCCACCUCCCUUCUUCAUAAGCCUUAAACCUCUCCAUCUUCUUCUUCCGCAGCCGAUGCACUAAGAAUCCAACUCAACCCUAGAACAACCAUGUCUGAAGUUGAGAUCUCUCGUUCUGAGAAGAAGAAGACCAAGAAGAUCAAAAACAAAGAUGAAACCGACAACCAGGAAUCAAAUGGUAAAACCCUUUUCUCUGAUGAAACCCAGAAAGAUGAAGCCCCCAAAGAUUAUCUUAUCAAGCCCCAAUCAGUCACACCAACCUUAGACACUUCUGAAUGGCCAAUCCUUCUCAAAAACUAUGACCGUCUCAAUGUUCGUACUGGUCAUUACACACCACUUCCAUCUGGUUAUUCGCCGUUGAAACGUCCUUUAGCUGAAUACAUUCGCUAUGGUGUCCUGAAUCUUGAUAAACCAGCAAACCCAUCUUCUCAUGAAGUUGUAGCUUGGAUUAAACGUAUUCUUCGUGUUGAGAAGACUGGUCACAGUGGUACUCUUGAUCCUAAAGUUACUGGUAAUCUGAUUGUUUGUAUUGACAGAGCUACUCGUCUUGUCAAGUCUCAACAAGGUGCAGGAAAGGAGUAUGUUUGUAUUGCUCGUCUUCAUUCGGCUGUUCCUGAAGUUGCUAAAGUUGCUAGAGCUCUUGAAACCCUAACUGGAGCCGUGUUUCAAAGGCCUCCAUUGAUUUCAGCAGUCAAGAGGCAGCUCCGUAUCCGUACUAUUUAUGAGAGCAAGCUUCUUGAAUAUGAUGCUGAUAAACAUUUAGUUGUUUUUUGGAUUUCUUGUGAAGCUGGUACAUAUGUUAGGACUCUGUGUGUUCAUUUGGGCUUGAUUUUGGGAUGUGGAGCUCAUAUGCAAGAACUGCGCAGGGUUCGAUCUGGUAUUUCAGGUGAGAAAGAUAAUAUGGUUACUAUGCAUGAUGUUAUGGAUGCUCAAUGGUUUUAUGAUAAUUAUAGAGAUGAAACAUAUUUGAGAAGAAUUAUUAUGCCUCUUGAAGUAUUGUUGACUAGUUAUAAGAGAUUAGUUGUCAAAGAUUCAGCUGUGAAUGCUAUCUGUUAUGGUGCUAAACUUAUGAUUCCUGGGUUGUUGAGGUUUGAGAAUGGUAUUGAAAAUGGUGAGGAGAUUGUCUUGAUGACUACUAAAGGAGAAGCAAUUGCUUUGGGUAUCGCUGAGAUGACUACUGCUGUGAUGGCAACUUGUGAUCAUGGUGUGGUGGCUAAGAUUAAGAGGGUUGUUAUGGAUAGGGAUACUUAUCCAAGGAAAUGGGGAUUGGGACCAAGGGCUUCCAUGAAGAAGAAACUAAUCGCGGAGGGGAAAUUGGAUAAGCAUGGUAAGCCUAAGGAGAACACUCCUGCUGAGUGGUCUAGAAAUGUCAUUCUCCCAGCUGGAGGGGAUACUAUGGUGGCAGAACUUGCUGCUGCAGGUGAACCAGUGGCAGCCAAGGUUGAUGGUGAGGUAGUCGAUGAGGAGAAGAAAAAGAAGAAGCGAAAAGUGGAGGAAAGUACUGAUAGCCCUGUAACUGCCAAGAAGGUGAAGGUUGAUGAGGAUGGUGAGAAGAAGAGCGAGAAAAAGAAGAAGAAUAAGGCUGAUGAAAACGGUGAAGCUGAACCUGAAACACCAGUAGAGGAGAAAUCCGAGAAGAAGAAAAAGAAGAAAGACAAGGAAGUUGAACCUGCAACCCCUGUAGAAGAGAAGUCUGAGAAGAAAAAGAAGAAGAAGAAGAACAAAGAAGGGGAGGAGGAUGCAACUAAGACCGAAGCGGAGGAGGAUAAAAGUGAGAAAAAGAAGAAGAAAGAGAAGAAAAAGAAGAACGAAGGAUCAGACGAUGAUGAAUGAGCAAAAAUGAAACUCUCUAUUACUGAUGCAGGAUCCCAGCAAGUCUGAUGUCUUCGGGUCAUGUAUAAGAUAAGACUCUGCAUGUUCUUUUACAUUUUGUCUUCUUACUUUAGUUAGGUUAUUUUCGUUUAGAUUUUGUAAUCCUUGGUAUGUUUUCUGCAGUACCUUAUUUUACUUAUUAGUAAUGCAUAUGAGACUUAAUAUUAUUCAACCUUUUGUUUA